UUAAACCCUAAAUCGCUAAAUCGAGUGAGUACACUACACACACUCACACUUCUUCUCUUCAGCUCCCUUCUUCUAAGUUCUUAAGUUGAGUUAAAAAUCAUCUCUUUGUAAAAUGUUGACUCUUUAGUAAAUCUCUGUUAUCUUCAAACUCUCUCUCUGUUAGCUCUUUGAGGAUUUCAAAGAGAAAUGGGUUGUUUACUAGGUUGCUUCGGUCGUCGGAAGAAUCGUCGCCGUCAGAGACGUCGUGAAUCUUUCCAACCACGUUUAAACAGAAUCUCCGAAUGGUCUACAGAGGAUAAUGUUCAGGUGAAUCUUAAGGUUCCUGAGGAAGUUCCAUUGUUCGUAAAGGAUGAUCAUCUGAAUUCUAAGGUUCCUAGUGUUGUGGAAGUGUCUCCAAAGGAUGAUCAUCUGAAUUUUAUGGUUCCAAGUGUUGUGGAGGUGUCUCCAAAGGAUGAUCAUUUGAGUGUUGAGGAAGUCCCUAAGGUCUCUGUGAUUCAAGUCACUAAUGUCUGUGACAAGGUUGAGGAGAAGAAAUGUAGUCCAAGUCCAAGUCCGAGUCGAAAGAGAGUGACUUUUAACACUAAGGUUCAAACAUAUGAACACAUUGUAGUAAAUGAAUCUAUUGAGUUCUUUGAAGAGAAGGAGAAAGAAGAAGUGAAGUCUGAGGGGAGUGAUGUAACCUCUAACUCGUCAGGGUCUUAUCCUUCAAACCAUAGAUACCAGAAUUGUAGAGAAAGUGAUGAUGAAGAGGAGGAUGUAACGGAUUGUGAAGAAAGCGAUCUAGAUGAUGAUGAUGAUGAUGGUGGGAUGCUUGAUGAAGACUAUUAUGAUGAUGAUUGUUAUGAUGAUAAGCUGCACAGCUGGGAUAAAGAAGUUUAUACUGAGGAGAUUGCAGAGAAUGGUAUGGACAUAGAGAGGAUAGAAGAAAAGACUAAUGUGAGUGCUAGAGACAGAAGUGGAUAUGUCAAUGCAGUACUGAACCCGAUCGAGAAUCUUAACCAAUGGAAAGCUGUGAAAUCCAAAGGAAAGAAAACACAAACACAUUCUCGAAAGGAGAACAGUAUAAAUGCUUCCUUCAGCUUAGAGCCUCAGGUUGAUGAAACUAAGAAACAGAGAAUUCAAGAAGUAGCUGUUGAUGCUAGUCUCUCAACUUGGUUAUCUACAUCGCAGACCACGACCAGCGGAUGCAGCAGCAGUGUUGGAACAGCAAUGUGCGAGAAGAAGAAACACUCGAAACCGGUUCAAAGCCACGACGAACGACCUAUAUUAGGCGCGUUGACUACAGAGGAGAUAAAGCAGUUCUCAGCCACAAAUUCGCCGAGGAAAUCACCAAGUAGAAGCCCUGAAUCACCGAUAAUCGGAACAGUUGGUGGUUACUGGAACAAUCACUCAAUGGCCACCAGCAGAUAUCGUCAAAGCUCUUAAAAACAGUGAAACGUUUCCACAAAUGUUUGGUUUACACUGUGAGAAAAAUUUCAUUUAUUUGUUACUAAAUUGCCUUUGUGAAAUUAUUUAUCUUCAUCACUCUGUUUGUUUGUGUGUGGUGUGUCUUUGGUUGAUUACCAAAUCCUUUUGUGUUUGUGUUUUUGUGUAUGUGAUUUGAUUUAAUAUUAUUCAUUCUAUUUGUUUGUA